GUGUGCAUGAGUGUGUGUGGUGGGACUGUGCCUUGAUCUUGGGCUACUGCAGUAAAUUCGUUAGGAGGAGGCAAUUCUCUUGAGGAGAGGGGAAUAACGGGAAUCCAGUUCUGGAGAUAGCGAUCAGAAAGGAUACAUACAGCAAAAUGACACCUGGCUCAUCACCUCUGGACUUAUGCAGAAAACUGUGAGCAGAUACACUAAAGCACACCUGAUUUAGACACGACAAGGCUGUGUAUAAUGUACAGGAGCUGAUCUCUGAGAUGGCUAUGUGGGUCCGACAGGCCCAGACGUCCCCCCUGAAGUGCUGCCUCCACCUUCUCCAGGCCCUGUGGCCCACCCUGAUCGUCUGAUCACGCUUAGCCCUGUUACACCCGUCCUGGGCUUCCCUCUUAUCGGACCACCUGGCUUCACUCUGGGCCCACCAUGGGAGGUUGCCUCUCCAAACCCAAAGCAGUAGAGGUCAAAGUUGAGCUGACUCUUUUAGAGAAAGAGAAAGAGGUGGAUCUGAUGUCUCCUAAUGGAAAGGCCAGUCCAUUCUCAGAGUGCAGACCCAACGGCUCUCUGGGACACUGUUCUGAUGAGGACACAAUGACUCAACGACCACAGCGCAAACACAGAGAUUACAUAGAGGCCUCUGUCUGCCAUGUCAAAGACCUGGAAAAUGGACAAAUGCGUGAGGUGGAUUUGGGUGCAGGCCGAGCUCUGCUCAUAAAGGAACAUGGAGAAUUCUUUGCCAUGGGACAUAAGUGCCCACAUUAUGGGGCUCCACUGGUCAAAGGUGUGCUAUCAAAAGGGCGUGUGCGAUGUCCAUGGCAUGGGGCAUGUUUUGACAUUGUUACGGGUGACAUUGAGGAUUUCCCUGGCUUAGACAGUCUGCCCACCUUCCAGGUCAAAGUUGAGAAAGAGAGGGUGAUAAUAAGGGCAAACAAGCAGGCCCUUCAAACUCAGCGGCGGACAAAGAGCAUGUCAAAGUGUUCAGCUGUCAUCAACUCCAGCAAUGGAUUCAGCCACAUUCUCAUUAUUGGAUCAGGUCCGGCUGGUCUGGUGUGCGCUGAGACUCUGAGGCAGGAGGGUUUCACUGAUCGUAUAGUGAUGUGCACCAUGGACAAACAUCUGCCUUACGACAGACCUAAACUGAGUAAGUCUUUAGAGAGCACAGCUGAGCAGCUACAACUGCGGUCCAUGGAGUUCUUUCAAAUGCACGACAUAGAGAUACUAUUGGAAAAAGAAGUUGUCUGCGUAGAUGUGAAGACAAGAACUGUGACAUUUCGGGAUGGUUAUAAAAUGGAGUAUCGAAAACUCUUCAUUGCCACAGGGAGCAGACCCAAACCUCUGAGUUACAAAGGCAAAGAUGUGGGAAAUGUGUUUCACCUCCGAACACCAGAGGAAGCAAACAGCAUCGCUACACUCGCCAGCAAUAAGAACGCAGUCAUCGUGGGAACCUCGUUUAUUGGUAUGGAGGUGGCCGCAGCUCUCACAGAUAAGGCGCACUCGGUGUCUGUCAUUGGCAUAGAGGCCGUGCCGUUCCGUAAAGCUCUUGGAGAGAAAGUGGGAAAAGUCUUGAUGAAGCUGUUUGAGUCGAACAGGGUGAAGUUCUACAUGUUGAACGAGGUGUGGGAGAUGAGAGGGCAGAAUGGACAGUUAAAAGAAGUGGUUCUGAAAAGUGGCAAAGUCUUAAGAGCUGAUGUGUGUGUCAUUGGCACAGGCUCAGGUCCAGCCACGGCAUUCCUGAAACAGAGCGGAGUACACAUGGACUCCAAGGGAUUCAUUCCAGUCAAUAAGACCAUGCAGACGAACAUAGAUGGGGUCUUCGCUGGGGGUGAUGUGGUAACAUAUCCUCUAGCCCUGCGCAGCAAUAAGAAAGGAAACAUUCCCCACUGGCAGAUGGCGCAUGUACACGGCAGGGUGGCUGCUCUUAGCAUGAUGGGUAAGACCUCGGAUAUUAAAACGGUGCCUUACUUCUGGACAGCCAUGUUUGGGAAAAGCAUUAGAUAUGCAGGGUAUGGAGAUGGCUUUGAUGAUGUCGUCAUCCAGGGAGAUUUGGACGAGCUGAAAUUUGUGGCAUUUUAUACAAAGAGUGAGGAGGUGGUAGCCGUGGCCAGUAUGAACUAUGACCCCAUUGUGUCACGGGUUGCAGAAGUCUUUGGCUCUGGAAAGACGAUUAGGAAACGUGACGUGGAGACAGGAGAUAUGUCAUGGCUAAUUGACAAAGGCUCACAGUGAGGAUACUAAUGGUUCAGCACAGCGUGCUCCUUGAGUCUUCCAUGCCAAAAACUUGGACGAACUCCUAAAACAGACAUAGUCUUCUAUAGUGCUGCAGCUGCAGUUGGUUAAGCGGGACACUAGGUGGAAGACAUAUGCUGUCCUAAACUGGGCGAGCACCUGGGCUGCUCCUGGAUUAUGUACCCGGGACAUCAUCCCCACGAGGUGGAACCUCUCUGGACCUGUAUCCGUUCACAGUGCUAACAAAUGAGUCAUACCUGGUUUCGAACCCUCUGUACUAACCAACAGCUCUCUCUUGUGGGUUGUUAAAUCCAACCUCUAAGCUUUUGCAUGAAGCUUUUGCCUGUGCACAGAGUUCAGAGGAGAGUGAAGGGGAAUUUGCAUAUUUUAUUUUGUAUAAGCAACUUUGUACAUAGCUGUUACCUGAAGAUGAAUUUAAACAAUAAGACUGCACUUUUUCUACUGAACUUCUGCUACUGAUUAGUCUGGCUAUGAGAAUGAGAAUUUUUUAAAGGGAUAGUUCACCAAAAAAUGAAAAUUCGGUCUCAUGUUGUUCCAAACCUGAAUUACUUUUUCCAUGGAACAGAA